GUCCCGCCCCCUUUCGCCUGCCAACCAGAAUCUUUCCCACCUUGUCUAAGUCCUCUCAGGCCAGCCUUGGUGGGAGGUUUCUAGGAUUCGCUCCCUGCCCUUCCCAUCUUAGGGUGUCGUCUGAGACAGACUCUUAUUCCCUCAAUAAGGAGAGAGACUCCUCUUAUUACCUCAGCAGCCAGCUCCUCGCCUCCCCUCAGCCGUAGCCACCUCAGUGGUCACCGUCUUCACCGUGGUCGCCUCAGCCCGCUCGCCACCCCAGUUGAGGCGCUGCUGGUGUCAUGUCUGCCACAGGGGACCGACACCCGACCCAAGGGGACCAGGAGGCCCCGGUAAGCCAGGAGGGAGCACAGGCCGAGGCGGCCGGAGCUGGUAACCAGGAGGGCGGCGACUCCGGCCCCGACAGCAGCGACAUGGUGCCUGCGGCCGAGGUGGUCGGAGUCGCAGGGCCCGUGGAAGGCCUCGGGGAGGAGGAGGGUGAGCAGGCGGCAGGCCUGGCCGCAGUCCCCCGGGGCGGGAGCGCCGAGGAGGACUCGGACAUCGGGCCCGCGACGGAGGAAGAGGAGGAGGAAGAGGGGAACGAGGCGGCCAACUUCGACUUGGCGGUGGUCGCCCGUCGCUACCCGGCGGCGGGCAUUCACUUCGUGCUCCUGGACAUGGUCCACUCCCUUCUCCACCGCCUCUAUCACAACGACCACAUCCUCAUAGAGAACCGUCACCUCAGCCGCCUGAUGGUGGGGCCCCACGCUGCUGCGCCCAACCUCUGGGGCAACCUCCCCCUGCUGCUGCUGCCCCAGAGGCUGGGUGCAGGGGCCGCAGCCCGGGCGGGCGAGGGCCUGGGCCUGAUCCAGGAGGCCGCAUCGGUCCCAGAGCCUGCAGUGCCAGCUGACCUGGCCGAGAUGGCCAGGGAGCCCGAGGAGGAGGCCGCAGAGGAGCCCGCGGAGGAGGCCGCAGAGGAGAAGCUCUCAGAGGAGGCCACAGAGGAACCAGACGCAGAGGAACCGGCCACAGAAGAACCGACCGCACAGGAGGCCACGGCCCCAGAGGAAGUCACUAAAUCUCAGCCCGAAAAGUGGGAUGAAGAGGCCCAAGAUGCUGCAGGCGAGGAAGAGAAAGAACAAGAAAAAGAGAAGGAUGCGGAAAACAAGGCAGAGAACUCCAAAGGGACCUAGACGCAGCAGAGGAGAAGCCAAGAAAAUCCAGAUGCCUGUGGGAAUUUUAACACAUAUCAUUACAAAGUUCGUUACAUCAAAAGUGAUACCCAGUGACAUCUAACUUUCAUGGAUGUAUGUUACGAUGUUUGUUCAAGUUAAAAAUAAAAGUUUGUUUUAAAUGAAUAAACUGAAACGUUGGAAGAUUUGUCAAUAAAUAAUCCUAAGUCAAA